AUGGCGGAGUCGUCAGAAAAGUACCUGCAACAACAAGAAACAAUGGUUAGUCCGAUUAGUGGAGAGGACUGCCUCAUCAAUCCAUCAAACCAGCAAGUAAGUGCGGUGGAGGACAAGCAGCCGAAAAUGAUCAUAUCUUCAUCGAGUGGAACAUCGGAAGAUCCCAUGCUAGGCUUCCUCACGCUCUUGGCAAAAGUUGAGAGACCUGCUUGUGCCAACUGCGAAUCGAAGGAUUUGUCACCCAUGUUUUUCUGUAACACAUGCAGCCAGGCCAUAUGUGCGGUGUGUAAACAAAACACACACAGUGCUAAAAUGUUUUCCCGGCAUGACGUCACUAGUAUUUCCCCCUACACGAAAGAACCUCAACGCAAAUGCCCAGUUCAUUACGAAAUGUGCAUCAUGUUUUCUCCUGCCAAUGAAUCGUUGCUUUGCAUAAACUGUUUUCGGGAUUUACCGCCAGAUAUUCGAGCACAAUGUCUUGAUUUAGACACAGCCUAUCAACAAAAAUGCGAUCGACUUCAGCGGGGACUAAAAGCCGUGGGAGAGCUUGAAGUCAUCAUUAAGGACGAAAUGUCGGCCUAUCGUUCACUUCUAAAAGAGUUGCAUAUUAAUGCCAUGAGGGAGGAGAGCACCAUUCACGUCUUUAGCAAGAUCCUGCAAGGAGUCGUAACACAGACUGAAGACAAGCUGAUUGAAACCGUUAAAAGCGAACUGCAAACCAAGGAAAUUAUUUUUGAAGAGAAACUGAAGACUUUAGAAUCACUGCAAAGCAACGUACAAGCCUAUCUAACUUUGAGUACAGCGUUCAUCAGCUCGGCGUCGAAAUUUGAGCUGUUGAAACUCGCCAAUGGAUUGGUCGAGCGUCUUUCUGAUAUCGGGAACGUCGUUCAGCCAGCAAAAAUCUCACCAGAAAAUAGUGUAAUUUCAUCUAACUUCAAAGCUGAAUUCAGCCAGAGCCUGAAAGAAUUAUUACACCAAGACCUAUGGAUGCACAAUCAUUUAGCCAGCCUUAAUGCUUUCUCACCUGUGCCUAAAAAUACAGGAGAGGAGAUGUGUAAACCACAGCAAAGUUGCUGCAGCACCAACUCAGGUCUUGUGACACACCAACCUGAAAUCAAAGUUCCUCUGCCAUUUCUAGGACGCAGUCAAUCAUUGCUUAAUAUUCCACUAGAUCUUAAUAAACAACUCAUAACUGCAAUAGAGCCAAAAGCAGUGGUAGUUCAGCAGCAAGCAGUUCUUUCUGUCCAGCCACCAACCUCGGCAGUUCCACAACCUGCUCGAAGAACAAUAGGUAGCAAUAACGGCGGUACCAAACGAAAUGGAAGCAAACCGGAAGGAAGCAAACCGGACAUCAAGUAUCAAUCGUUGCCCCACAGCUCGAAAGAAGAAAACAAGUCUCAGCAUCGCAGGGAGGCAUCUUCUACCAUGCCACAUCCUGUGCGAUCGAAAAGUGUUGAAGCCAAAUCGGCAAUGGCCCAGCAGCAACAGCAGUACGAUGUCAGUCAACUGGAAUUGUUUGCCGCGAUCCAUCAAUCACGUCAAGCCGUCAGCAGCCGGAGCAACAGCAAGAAUCUUACAGUUACAUCAGCACUCGUUGGAGUUCGUCAGUCAGACAGGAAUGGCUCUUCCAGGGCAGAGCAGAAGAAUGGAAAAGUCGGUUCAACUGUUGCUGAUCCAUUAGAAAAAGUCGUACCAGCAAACGCCAAAAACCCAUCAGGUCAUGUAUGCGUCGUCCAAGCAUUAGUUCAUCAGGACGGCGAUGCUGUAAGGAACUCAAGUGCCACCCAGGCUGAAACCAACACAAGAGUUCAACAACGCCAAAGAACUUGGGAACCAGUUUACGAACCCUUGGACGGCCAUGCAGGAAGACCGAUAAAAAGUGAUGCUGACACCCUAGCUGAAUCUGAAACAAGUAUAGAAUUGACGGCUGAUCAGGUGCGACAACUUAUCCGUGCCAUUUCGGCCGCCCAAUCAAAUACAGCUGGAUCGCUGGGUGGUUGUUGGUCAAGCGAAGUGAGCCGACCAUCAGCCAGCAGCAGUCGCGUUCCAGAACGAGACAGCGUCGUAGCCAAGCAACCUUCUACGCAUCAACACCGCAAUAUGCAUCGUAACGACAGCUUCGAAGGGCAUGAAGAGGCUGUUAGAAUGCUUGUAGGUGCCAUACAAGAAAUACAGCAACUAUGCACUGACAAGAAACAAGACUCAACUUAGUGUAUCUGUUUUUAGAAUACCAUCAAGCGUCUAUUUCCGAGGUUUCACUUUUAAUCUGAAACUCAGACUGCGAAAGUUGUAAUGUUAUUACUUGAUUCUUAUGUACAUCUCUAAUUCCCAUCCUGUGUACUUACUUGGAGGCAUUAGUUUGUUGUCUGAAUUGAGUACAGACGUAAAAAGGUAUAAAUAGCACUGUUACAGCACUGCCCUCCUCGGUAACAUCCAGAUGUUCAAAAUUUCCCGGUUCAAUAUCGGUUUCCCGGUUCACGCCAUCUGUUAACAGUUCACUGCAACGUAACUUAAGGAUUUAAAAUCUCGUCAAAGAUUUCGUAAAAUUCUGAAUGACGACAAUAGCUAAUACAAUGAAUAUGAUAAAAA